GAAUCCUUCACUCCCUCUCACAAAUACUCCAGGUACUGACAAAUGUUCACCUCCAUUUUUUGAGAGGCAGUUGAGGUGUCAGUACCUCUGUCAGUGUCAGGUCCUAUCACUCGUUCGAACAUUGUCGUGAAUAUAAGAAUAUUUCUGCAUAUUUGGACUCUUCUGGGUGACAUAAAGGAACCAAGACAGACUUAAGGAGGAUGGGGACCCUCAUAUUCCUUCUCCUACUAGCAGGACUAGUGGGAAUGACAUCAGCUCAAUUAAAUAACAUGACAUCAGCAAACAUGACUACCUCAUCACCAGCAGGCAAUGAGACAUCACUAGCAUUUAAUGCAACCUCGUCACCAGCAGGCAAUGAGACAUCACUAGCAGUUAAUACAACCUCAUCACCAGCAGGCAAUGAGACAUCACCAGCAGGCAAUGCGACAUCACCAGCAGUUAAUGCAACCUCAUCACCAGCAGGCAAUGAGACAUCACCAGCAGUUAAUGCAACCUCACCACUAGCAGGCAAUGAGACAUCAUCAUCAGUUAAUGCAACCUCAUCACCAGAAGUUAAUGUAACCUCAUCACCAGCAGGCAAUGAGACAUCACCAGCAGUUAAUGCAACCUCAUCACCAGCAGGCAAUGAGACACCAGCAGGCAAUGAGACAUCACCAGCAGUUAAUGCAACCUCAUCACCAGAAGUUAAUGCAACCUCAUCACCAGAAGUUAAUGCAACCUCAUCACCAGCAGGCAAUGAGACAUCACCAGCAGGCAAUGAGACAUCACCAGCAGGCAAUGAGACAUCACCAGCAGUUAAUGCAACCUCAUCACCAGCAGGCAAUGAGACAUCACCAUCAGUUAAUGCAACCUCAUCACCAGAAGUUAAUGUAACCUCAUCACCAGCAGGCAAUGCGACAUCACCAGCAGUUAAUGCAACCUCAUCACCAGAAGUUAAUGCAACCUCAUCACCAGAAGUUAAUGCAACCUCAUCACCAGCAGGCAAUGAGACAUCACCAGCAGUUAAUGCAACCUCAUCACCAGCAGGCAAUGAGACAUCACCAUCAGUUAAUGCAACCUCAUCACCAGAAGUUAAUGUAACCUCAUCACCAGCAGGCAAUGCGACAUCACCAGCAGUUAAUGCAACCUCAUCACCAGAAGUUAAUGCAACCUCAUCACCAGCAGUUAAUGCAACCUCAUCACCAGCAGGCAAUGAGACAUCACCAGCAGUUAAUGCAACCUCAUCACCAGAAGUUAAUGCAACCUCAUCACCAGCAGGCAAUGAGACAUCACCAGCAGUUAAUGCAACCUCAUCACCAGAAGUUAAUGCAACAUUAUCACCAGCAGGCAAUGCAACCACACCACUAGCAGGCAAUGAGACAUCACCAUCAGUAAAUGCAACCUCAUCACCAGCAGGCAAUGAGACAUCACCACCAGCAGUAAAUGCAACUUCAUCACCAGCAAGCAAUGAGACUUCAUCACCAGCAGUUAAUGCAACCUCACCACCAGCAGUCAACGAGACAUCACCAGCAAUUAAUGCAACCUCGCCACCAACAGUCAAUGAGACAUCACCAUCAGUUAAUGCAACCUCAUCACCAGCAGGCAACGAGACAUCACCAGCAGUUAAUGCAACCUCAUCACCAGAAGUUAAUGGGACCUCACAACCACCAGCCACCACAUUGCCAUCUCAAGGCACCACAAAUGGAACAUCUUCACCAUCAACAAUGCCUACUGCCAUUCCGACUACCACCACAACAGCUGCACCACCACAACCACCUAAAAUUAAUUUGGGAUUUAAGUUGCAGAAAACCUUUACAGAAGAACUUAAUAACCCUUCCUCACCACAGUUCAAAGCUUUGGAAAAUGAAGUAACCACAGCGCUCAACGAGGUUUAUAAAAGGCAAUAUGGACCUAGUUUCAAUCAGACUAACGUCAGAGGAUUCAGGAGUGGUUCCAUUGUGGCAGAUGUUGACCUGAUAUUCAACGAGGGGGAGCCCCUACCCAAUGCCACUUCAGCAGCGGACACUCUGGUGGCUGCUGUUUCUAGCGGAAACUUUUCCCUCAAUGUCAACACAUCAUCUAUUACAGCAACUGUUGUGGAGACACCAACUGAAGCCCCUGUCACAGUUGUACCUUCCACUUCAGUUUCAAUUCCCAUUUCAGUCAACGUGACCUCAUCACCUGUCAACGUGACCUCACCACCAGUCAACAUGACCUCACCACCAGCCAACAUGACGUCGCCACCACUCAACAUAACCUCACCACCAGUCAACAUGACCUCACCACCAGUCAACAUGACCUCUCCUCCACCAGUCAACAUGACGUCACCACCAGUCAACAUGACCUCUCCUCCACCAGUCAACAUGACGUCACCACCAGUCAACAUGACCUCUCCUCCACCAGUCAACAUGACGUCACCACCAGUCAACAUGACCUCUCCUCCACCAGUCAACAUGACGUCACCACCACUCAACAUAACCUCACCACCAGUCAACAUGACCUCUCCUCCACCAGUCAACAUGACCUCACCACCAGUCAACAUGACCUCUCCUCCACCAGUCAACAUGACGUCACCACCAGUCAACAUGACCUCUCCUCCACCAGUCAACAUGACGUCACCACCACUCAACAUAACCUCACCACCAGUCAACAUGACGUCACCACCAGUCAACAUGACCUCUCCUCCACCAGUCAACAUGACGUCACCACCAGUCAACAUGACCUCUCCUCCACCAGUCAACAUGACGUCACCACCAGUCAACAUGACCUCACCACCAGUCAACAUGACCUCUCCUCCACCAGUCAACAUGACGUCACCACCAGUCAACAUGACCUCUCCUCCACCAGUCAACAUGACGUCACCACCACUCAACAUAACCUCACCACCAGUCAACAUGACCUCUCCUCCACCAGUCAACAUGACCUCACCACCAGUCAACAUGACCUCUCCUCCACCAGUCAACAUGACGUCACCACCAGUCAACAUGACCUCUCCUCCACCAGUCAACAUGACGUCACCACCAGUCAACAUGACCUCUCCUCCACCAGUCAACAUGACGUCACCACCAGUCAACAUGACCUCUCCUCCAGUGACACCAUCCUCACCACCAGUCAACAUGACCUCACCACCACUCAACAUGACCUCACCACCAGUCAACAUGACGUCACCACCACUCAACAUGACCUCACCACCAGUGACACCAUCCUCACCACCAGUCAACAUGACCUCACCACCAGUCAACAUGACAUCACCACCACCAGUCAUCACACCCGUGCCUACAAAUGGAACGUCAGCACAGCCAGUUAUCACAACUACUACUACUACAACAGCUGCCCCAGUAAACUCAGCAGUCAGACUUGGAUUUAGCUUGGGGCGGACGUUUGAACCAGAACUUGCAAACAGAUCCUCUGAAGCGUUCAGGAGUUUAGCAAAUACAGUUACAGCAUCCUUGGACAAUGUCUACAGCAGAAGAUAUGGAAGCCGCUACCGGGGAUCUAGGGUCACUUCUUUCCGGCAAGGUUCAGUUGUGGUAGAUGCUGAGUUGAUAUUUAACAAUGCCAGCACAGUUCCAGAAGCUAGUGAUGUGGAAGUCGGUCUAAUAGAGGCAGCAACCAACUCUUCUAACUUCUCCCUCCCAGUGAACAUUUCAACUAUUGCUGCAACAAGAAUUAUUACUACAUCUGCCCCAACUGCAGCUCCAACCGCAGCACCUAAUGCUACAGUUGCCCCAACCGCAGCACCCAAUGCUACAGUGGCCCCUACCGCAGCACCUAAUGCUACAGAGGCCUUUACGGCAGCACCCAAUGCUACAGUGGCCCCUACCGCAGCACCCAAUGCUACAGAUGCCCCAACCAUGGCUCCCAAUGCUACAGUUGCCCCAACCGCAGCUCCCAAUGCUACAGUUGCCCCAACCAUGGCUCCCAAUGCUACAGUUGCCCCAACCAUGGCUCCCAAUGCUACAGUUGGCCCAACCGCAGCUCCCAAUGCUACAGAGGCCCCAACCAUGGCUCCCAAUGCUACAGUUGCCUCAACCAUGGCUCCCAAUGUUACAGUUGCCUCAACCGCAGCUCCCAAUACUACAGUUGCCUCAACCGCAGCUCCCAAUACUACAGUUGCCUCAACCAUGGCUCCCAAUGCUACAGUUGCCUCAACCACAACUCCCAAUGCUACAGUUGCCUCAACCGCUGCUCCCAAUACUACAGUUGCCUCAACCACAGAUUCUACUACUUCAGUCACAACUGCAACCACCACUGCAUCCACAGAUCCACCUUCAUUCAAUGAGGGGACACUUGGCCUCACAUUCAGUCUCAACCAAACAUUUACAUCAGAUCUCGCCAAUCCAUCCUCAUCAGCUUUCCAAACCUUGGCUGCAACUGUGGUCAGAGAGAUAAACAUUGUCGGUAGGAGGCUCUAUGGCUCAACUUUCCUUCGCUCAAUCGUGAAUGCAUUCAGGAGUGGAUCAGUGGUUGUCGACAUGACUCUUGUGUUCAGGGAUCAAAACUCAGUUCCUGAUCCAAGCACGGCAACUACAGAUUUCAGCAAUGAACUCAACUCCACUUCCCUGAAUUUCAUACCAGGCAGCGUUUCUGCACAUUCUGCAUCAGGCAGUCCUCCUCGGCCCACGACAGCGACUCUGGCUGUCAUCACCCUAACACUGGUGGCUGUCACACAGAUGUUGAUUAAUUUGUAGCCGGCACCCAAGACACACCAGUAACCGGACACAGGGACACGCCAGAAAUGACAAAUGAAAGGAGUGUGCAUUAUGAAAUUUACCAAUAUAUGGUAAAAAGAUGUGUGCUGUGUGUCAAAGAUUAAGAUCACGAGUAUUUUACAGUAUUUUCCAAAUUUUAAGAAGUGAUAAUUGUUUGAAGAACCUAAUAUUUGUUACCCUUUUUCAUUUAAGUAGUUGCCUUCCAGUUUAUUCUUUAUUGUAUUUGUUUUGAAAAUGCAUGUUUGAAUGCCACUUUCUAUUGUGGCAUUGAAUUUUAAAAAUGCAAAUACUUAGUAGCAAUUUAUGACAUAUUUAUUUCUCUUUCAAAUCAUCAUAUGAUUCAGCAGGAUACAGUUUAUGUGCUGAGACAUUGUGCAGUGAAAGGCUGAAAAGGAAGAAGUGUAACGUGGUGCGUGUUGUGCCAGAGGCUGUGAGAAUAAAAUGAUCCUGAUCCUGCAGAACCAAUGAUUCAUGUUCUGUCAAAACUCAUGUUUCAGUUUUUGGAGAAUCAUCCAGCAUCAGGUGAAGGGAGUGUGAUGUGGAUUGCCUUUAAAUGAGCUGCUUAAAACUAAUCUAUGUACUAUUAUCAUAAUAUUCAUUUAGAAAUAUGUUUUGAUUGAUUAUUUGAUCAACAAUACCUGAUGAACACUGGUUCUUCCUGUGUAUUAAAGGUGGAGUGCUAAAAUUGUAUUGUUAAUCAGCAAUAAGUAUUAAAAUGUUCCCUUAAAAAAUA